AUGGAGGCUGCCGGGCCACCCCAGGCCGGGAGGUGCUUUCAGGAGGCCCUGGAGAAGCUGUUCCCUCGCCUCUGCUUCCUCUGCUCCCUGGUGACCUACGCGCUGCUGGGUGCUGCCCUCUUCUCGGCCAUCGAGGGCGGCCAGGACCUGGGGCCAAACGACCCGGAGUUUGAGGAAUUCCUGGGGGAGCUCUGUGGCAUCUUGAAAUGCAACCGAACAGUCGAGGAAGGCAGGAAACAGGAUCUCAGGGUGCUUCUGCAGAAGGUGAAACCCCACUGGUUCAACACGUUUACAGACUGGUCCUUCCUGAGCUCACUCUUUUUCUGCUGCACAGUCAUCAGCACUGUGGGUUAUGGCCACAUCUACCCUGUCACCAGGCUCGGCAAAUACUUGUGCAUGCUCUACGCCCUCUUUGGCAUCCCCCUGAUGUUCCUCGUCCUCACGGACACGGGUGACAUCCUGGCCACCCUCCUGUCCACGUCUUACAAUCGGUUCCAAAAACUCCCAUUCGUCCGGCCCCACCUUCCCGAGUGGUGCUCCCGCCUGCUCUGCGGAAGGCCUGCCACCAAGCCUGUUUCUGCCACCACGCCUGCGGCCGGAGCCGUCCCCAGGAUCGUCAUAGAAACCCAAGAGCUUCCGGACCCCAAACCCGGCACGUGUCCCUCAGCCCCAGGCAGCAACGUGGAUCUGUUCGAGAGACUUCUUGCGCGGGAGAAGCAGAACGCGCUGCAACCGCCCCCGCGGGCCGUCGAGAGGAGCAACUCGUGUCCAGAGCUGGCGUCAGGGAGGCUCUCCUACUCUGUCAUCAGCAACCUGGACGAGGUGGGACGGCAGGUGGAAAAGCUGGACGUCCCCCUCCUGGUCAUCGCCCUCCUCGUCUUCGCCUACAUUUCCUGUGCAGCCGCCAUCCUCCCCAUCUGGGAGAAGAAACUGGACUUCGAGAACGCCUUCUAUUUCUGCUUUGUCACGCUGACCACCAUUGGGUUUGGGGACACCGUUUUGGAACACCCUCACUUCUUCUUGUUCUUCUCCAUUUAUAUCAUCAUCGGGAUGGAGAUCGUGUGCAUUGCUUUUAAGUUGGUGCAAAACAGGCUGAUUCAUGUCUAUAAAAAUCUCAUGCUGUUCUUGGCGAGAGGGGCAUUUUACCAUCCUGUUAAAAAGUGA